AUGACCAGCCGGAUGAUCAUCCUGGCGGGAGCUCCCGAGUCAGCGAAGCUCGACUGGAGCGAGAAAUCCCUUCUGCCGGCUUCUACCCACGUCGAAUCUCUCUCCCACAAGAACGAACUACCCAACUCGCAGACCCCGUUAUCGCCCUCAUCCAAAGCGUUCGGUGCCCAAUGGCGACAGAUUACAACGCAGAAGCUCCAGAUGCGCCCGAUUUUGCCCAAACUCAACAUCGAUGCACGCCCGACGGCGCCAGGCAUUGCCUUCCCGCACCCAGGCAAGCAACAGGAUGAGGCCAAUGAGGUUGACCAGAGCGGCGCCGAAUUCUUUUCCUUUUCCGAACUACUCGGCGCAUCUACACCAAGCAGUGACAUUAGUGAGGCCCAGUCACAACCUUCACUCUCCGGCGGCUCCUCGUCUAUCCCAGACACCGCUUCCAACAGCACAGGCGCGUUCAACACAUCCGAAGGAGGGCCUCUAUCCGAGUACUACGACCAUUCCUUUUCCAUCUACGAAGCCAUCCCAUCAUCCCAACUUUCGCACUUCUCCGACUCCAUCACCCCUGGCACGCCCACCUAUGAAUCGAACGAGGAAAUGUUUUCGGCACAGCAGGUACCCGGUACCCCUGGGGGAAUAAUUCGGACUCCUUCUCAGAGACGAUUAAGUCAAGCGCCGCGACCGAAAACGCUGAGUGAGCUGCAAGACAUUCCGAAUGCAAGGUACUUGCAGACCAUCUCGCCGCAAACCAUGACAGUCAACUUGAUUGUGGGCAUUAUUUCCAUUGCGCCGCCAAGAACGGUCAUCACAGGGGCCAAAUAUGGCCGACCGAAGGAGGUGGACCUGGUGGAGAUGAUGGUGGGUGACGACACGAAAUCCGGCUUUCCAAUCUCCAUGUGGUUGCCAAAAGAAAUGCGGGUGAACUGGAAGGACGGCGCCAAUGCGAACCCGGAAGGGAGCCGAAGCAUCCUACGUCGAAGUUUGCGGUUUAUGAAACCUCGUGAUGUGGUGUUGCUUCAGAACGUGGCACUUAGCUCGUUCCGAGGCAAAGUACACGGGCAGAGUCUAAAGGGCGAUGUCACCAAGAUCGAUCUGUUGUUCCGCAAGAAAGUGGAUGACGACGAUUUGGCUGGUAUAUAUUCGGUGAGCAACCUCCGGACAGCCAAUGUGGGAAAGGACCCGCAGGUGUUGAAGUCUUUGAACUACGUUUCAUUCGUUGUUGACCACACCAAGACCGUUCACUACCUCCUGUCUUCGUCGUCACCUCGUCCCCAAGUCAACAUGAAGGCCCUCAUUCUCGUUGGUGGCUUCGGUACCAGAUUGCGUCCUUUGACCCUCACUCUCCCAAAGCCGCUGGUCGAGUUUGCCAACCGACCCAUGAUCGAGCAUCAGGUCGAGGCUCUCGCUGCCGCUGGUGUCACCGACAUUGUCCUGGCCGUCAACUACAGACCCGAUGUCAUGACGAAUGCGUUGAAGAAGUAUGAGGAUAUGUACAAUGUUAAGAUCACAUUCUCGGUCGAAUCCGAACCCCUGGGCACUGCCGGUCCACUGAAGCUGGCCGAGAAGAUCCUGGGCAAGGAUGACUCCAACUUUUUCGUACUGAACUCGGAUGUCAUUUGCAACUACCCCUUCAAGGAACUGGCUGCUUUCCACGACUCCCACGGCGAGGAGGGCACCAUUGUCGUCACAAAGGUCGAAGAGCCCAGCAAAUAUGGUGUCAUCGUGCACAAGCCCAACCAUCCUUCCCGAAUCGACCGAUUCGUCGAGAAGCCCGUCGAGUUCGUCGGCAACCGCAUCAACGCCGGUAUCUAUAUCUUUAAGCCCUCGAUUCUCAAGAGAAUCGAGCUGCGCCCUACCUCCAUCGAGCAAGAGACCUUCCCUGCCAUCUGCAAAGACGGCCAACUGCACUCGUUCGACCUGGACGGUUUCUGGAUGGAUGUCGGUCAACCCAAGGACUUUUUGAGUGGCACCUGCUUGUACCUGUCUUCGCUGGCGAAAACAAAUUCCAAGAAGCUGGUCCCUCACUCGGAACCCUACGUCUACGGUGGAAAUGUCUUGGUGGACCCCACAGCCAAGAUUGGCAAGAAUUGCCGUAUUGGCCCCAACGUCGUCAUUGGACCUGGCUGUGUGGUCGGUGAUGGUGUUCGCUUGCAGCGAUGCGUGCUGCUGGAGGACAGCAAGGUCAAGGACCACGCCUGGGUCAAGUCCACCAUCAUCGGCUGGAGAUCAACCGUUGGUCGCUGGGCUCGUCUAGAGAAUGUCACUGUUCUGGGUGAUGACGUUUCCAUUGGGGACGAGAUCUACGUCAACGGUGGCAGUGUUCUCCCCCACAAGAGCAUCAAGGCCAAUGUCGAGGUGCCUCAAAUCAUCAUGUAA